CAUUGGCUGUUUAUUAGAAUAAAUUGAGGACAAUGCAUACCACUGGCUGCCAAUUGUAAACAUAAGGGAUAUGUAUUCACUUAGCAUUGACUUUUGGGAGGGGCCAAGGAAAGUCUGUAGUUUUAUUGAAUAGGGCUGUGUGUUAGGCAGUUUGUGUGCCUUUCUUGCUGUGCUCCUGCCUAAGCAGCCAGUAAUUCAUUUCCUUCCUACUAGUUGAAAACUUUUCAGCUGCAGAGUGAUUGUCCAGAGCCUUCCAAGUUGUCAGUUCAAAUUCAUCCCUUAGAGCUGGUGUGUGACAGAAGGGUCCACUACUGUACACCAGAUUUCCUUCAGGAGCUUGGACCCUUUGCAAAAGAUUUGGAUCUUUUCGGAACUUCGAGAGUUUGAGCAGGCACCAUGGAUGACUUUGAACGCCGCAGGGAACUCAGGAGGCAAAAGCGUGAGGAAAUGCGCCUUGAAGCAGAGAGACUAGCCUACCACAGAACUGAUGAUGAUGAUGAAGAAGCCGCAAGAGAACGCCGCCGACGAGCUCGACAGGAAAGGCUGCGGCAAAAGGAAGAGGAAGAUGUAGGAGGACAAGGAACAGAGAAACCAGAAGCUAAUGCCCAGAACAGUGUUGUAGAAGAGGAGACCAAACGCACUACAACAGUUACAGACACACAAAUGGGAUCAAAUGAUGAUGCUGCCUUCUUGGAGAGAUUAGCAAGGAGGGAGGAAAGACGCCAGAAACGUCUCCAGGAGGCCCUAGAGCGUCAAAAGGAGUUUGACCCAACGGUCACAGAUGGAGGCUUGUCACUACCAAGCAGCAGAGAGAUAAACAAUGUGGAUGAAGAUGAGACCAUGGGGAAAGAGGAAAAAAUUGAAACACGCCAAGGACGCUACGAGAUUGAGGAGACAGAAACCAUUACCAAAUCAUACCAGAGGAACAGCUGGAGGCAAGAUGACGAAGAAGAAGAAGUAAAGAAAGAAGAAAAAGAUAAGGAGGUGCUGGAGGAGAAACCAAAGGAGAUACCCACAGAGGAAAAUCAGGUAGAGGUGACAAAAGAAAAGGAAACUAUAGGCAAAGAAGAUGUGUUAGAAGCAAAAACCUUAGCUGAGAAUAAUACCAGUGCCCAAAUAGAAAGUGAGGAGGCCAUAAAUAUCACUCUUGUUCUUGAUUAUGAGAAACUUAGGGAUGAGGAAAAGCAAAAAGCUGAGGAGGACAAGAAAAGAGCAGAGGAAAAAGAAAGGCUUGAAGCAGCAGAGAGGGAGAGGAUAAAGGAGGAGGAGCAAAGAAAAGCUGAGGAAGAAAGAGAGAGAAUUCAAGCAGAAGAGAGAAGAGCAGCCCAAGAAAAAGAAAGGAUUGAGGCAGAGGAAAGAGCAAAAGCAGAGGAAGAGAAAAGGGCAGCUGAGGAAAGGGAGAGGAUCAAGGCAGAGGAGGAGAAGAAGGCAGCUGAGGAAAGGAAAAGGGCAAAGGAGGAGGAGGAGAGGAGGGCAGCUGAGGAAAGGAAAAGGGCAAAGGAGGAGGAAGAGAGGAGGGCAGCUGUGGAAAGGAAGAGGGCAAAGGAGGAGGAAGAGAGGAAGGCAGCUGAGGAAAGGGAGAGGGCUAAGGUAGAAGAGAAGAGGAAAGCAGAAGAAAAGGCUAAGAUAGAGGCAGAGAAAUUAAAAGCAAAACAAAAGAUAGAAGCGAAAAAAAUUGAAGACAAAAAAGUACAAGAUAAACAGGUAAAAGAGAAGAAAAUACAAGAGGAAAAGCCUCAAACAGCCUUCCUAAGGAAACAGGGGGAAGAAAAAGAGGUUAAAGUGGAACCUAAAAAGGAAAAGUUACCAGAUGAGAAACUUCGACCUCCUUUCAAAAAGGACCAGAUAAAAGAUGACAAGGCUAAUAAAGAAAAAGCACCUAAGGAUGAACUUAAGGCUAGCUGGGAUCGUAAGAAAGGACUUCCUGAAUCGAAGCCACAGAAUGGAGAACGUGUCCAGGAACUUACUACCCACAAACUUAAACAUACUGAGAAUAUUUUUGGCCGCUCCAACCUGAAAGCAACUGCAGAUGCUGAAGAAGCCAAGCCAGCAUCUCAGCUUGAAGCUGGCAAAAGAUUAGAGGAGCUGCGUCGUCGCCGAGGGGAAAAUGAGAGUGAAGAGUUUGAGAAGCUGAAGGAAAAGCAACAGGAGGCAGCCAUGGAGCUGGAGGAACUGAAGAAAAAGCGUGAGGAGCGCCGGAAGGUCCUUGAGGAGGAGGAGCAGAGGAGGAAACAGGAAGAGGCUGAGAGAAAAGCCAGAGAAGAGGAGGAGAAGAGGAGGCUGAAAGAAGAGAUUGAGAGGAGAAGGGCUGAAGCUGCUGAGAAACGUCAGAAGAUGCCUGAAGAUGGCUUGUCAGAGGACAAAAAGCCAUUUAAGUGUUUCAGUCCCAAAGGCUCAUCUCUCAAGAUUGAAGAACGAGCAGAGUUUUUGAACAAAUCCGCUCAGAAGAGUGGUGCAAAGCCCACUCACUCUGCAACAGUUGUCUCCAAGAUUGACAGCCGACUUGAGCAAUACACAAGUGCAAUUGAGGGCACCAAGGCUUCAAAACCUACCAAGCCAGCAGCCUCUGAUCUUCCAGUCCCAGCUGAGGGUGUUCGUAACAUUAAGAGCAUGUGGGAGAAAGGGAAUGUUUUCUCAUCACCUUCUGGGACAGGGACACCCAAUAAGGAAACAGCUGGACUGAAGGUUGGUGUUUCCAGUCGUAUCAAUGAAUGGCUAACCAAGACCCCAGAGAGCAACAAAUCGCCUUCUCCAAAACCUUCGGAUUUAAGACCAGGAGAUGUAUCCGGCAAACGUAAUCUCUGGGAGAAGCAGUCAGUUGAAAAGACAACCUCUACUACUAAGGUAACGACUAUGGGGAAAAAGUCAGAGACUAAUGCAGGUUUGAGACAAUUUGAGAAAGAACCAUAAGAGGCUACUAAAGAUGCUGGACCAACUCAGUUGAAAAAAAAAAGUGCUAAAUUGUGCUUUUUAUAUUUAUGUUUAUUUACCAAAUGUUUUUUUUUUGCAUUAUCCCAGUUAAAACCAUGUAUAUUAGCACUGUAUUUAAUAAUCAGUCUAGACAUUCAUCAUAAUAGUACUGCCUUUGCACAAGAGCCUUUAUUCCUAAAGAAACCCAUGCUGUGAAAUAUAUCGACAUUUCUACUGAUAGAACUAAUUAUGUAUCUGAACAGCAAUUCCAACUGACAUGAGAGAUCAACUCAAAACUGCAUGUACAAAUUGAGUUGCAUGAAAAAAGUUGUGCAGUGAACCUAUAAAAACAGUGGUUACUUUUGGAAUACAGAAGUCUUUCUUUCUGCACUUUAAGGCAUGGAAGAAGUAUCUUUAGUUGACAAUGUAAUAUUUUCUGUAAGUUGCCCAUGUCAUGAAAAAUACUGCAUCAAUAACUUGUUGAAAUUUUGUUUUAUACUUUUUUAAAGUAUCAAUUUUUCCAUUCUAGUUUAAGUUAAUACCUAAAUUUGGAUGAUUAUGUUAGCUGACAGCGGUACUGAUACUUUAUUUUUUUUUUGUUAGUGACUAGUAAUUGACUGCAAUUUAGAACAUAUACACACAUAGCUUUACAAAGUUUAGCUUUAAGGCACUACUAAUGGUAGAAUGCUUUAAUACAUGUAGAGUAUUAUAUUUAGUAAUAAACAUACAUAAUUAGCCAAUAUCACAGCUUUUUUUAAAAAAUAAAAAUGAAACCACACACUUUUCUAUAGUAAGAUUUCAUAAAUGCCAUUAGUGGAAUGGUGAGAUAAGUAUUAAUUUUUUUUAAAUGUCAGAAGCCCAAUAAUGGGUAAUUAAAAAAGAAAGUUAUAGUUUUAAGAGCAAAAAAAAUAAGGAUAUAGAGGGUCAAAAAUAAGUCACUUGUAUAAAACACUGUAGUUUAAUUUAUAUAAAAACUACCAUAAAAAAACUAAACACAGUUGGGGCUUGUUUCAAAUUACUGUACACUAAAUCUUGCCAUUCAUCAGUGCCGUAUACUAGAUACACUCAAGUACUCAAACUGAACACACUUCUCUCUUACAGUGUUCUUAUUUUUUAAACUCUAUCCCAAAUACUUUAUUUGUAUAUAGUAAACACAAGGCUAUAAGAAGUCAGCUUGGUUUGAAUUUAUGUGACAUAAGGUUUAUCAUUUACAUCUGACAGUGUAUGAGUGGAACAAACAAGGCAAUUAGAGUAGCUAUAAAUGCAUUCAUAAGAGCUUUCUUGUGCAUUUUCACUGUGUCAUCUUUUGUAGCAACUGAUUUACUUUUUUUUAAAGGAGGGGAAAAUGUAUUUCAGUCCAAAGAUGAGCUCCUCUGCUUAGCUGAAACAUCUUGUUUACAUAUAGAGCUGCAUUUAGCUACCUGUAGGGAGUGAAACUGUGCAAAGAGUGCCUGGCUUUGUCUAUGAAUUGUCUUUUUGUUUUGGGUUAUUGUACACACUCUCUGAAUCUUUCAAAUACAUUCGAUAGCUGCAAUAAAAAGAUUUGUUCAACCAUUGUAUUCUGAAGCUGCAUCCACAAUAAAUGGAGUAUUUCCAUUAA